GAGUCCACGGUGUUUUAUAUUCUUUCAAGUUACCAUAAAUACCCUCAGGAUUUAUUCUUAUUUGCUUUUUUGAUUCAAGUACGCGCCCUGAAACCCAGAAGAAAUCAAUGGGUGAUUAUCGUCUUUUCCGAAACUCCGGCGUCGUUGUCGGAAUCAUCUUGCUACAUCUCUUUGCUUUCGCUUCUCUUGUAUCAUCCAAUGAACUCCAGUUCGUUGUGGGAGAAACUGGAGAGCUUCAAGUGACUCCUAGUUUAGAGGUUAAGGGUUCUCCUGGAUUGAAGCCAGAUAGAACAGUUCUUUGUGAGAGGAUUCAUAUCCAUGGACUUCGAAGGUUUAAGCAUAUAGACAAGUAUGCACAUUCACUCAAGUUGGUAGUUAACGCGUCAACCGUUGGGAAAACAAGCAGCAUUGACGUUUGCUUCCACCGGAAUUUGUCGCGUGCAAUUGGAAUGUGCCCUCAUAGUCGGUGGGAGAAAGCCUCUAAGGGUUCAUGGGUUCAGACAAUGUCCCCCUUCGACCACAAAAUCCUUGAUGUUAGAGUAGCUAGCUCUAACAAGGUCACUUUGGAAAUGUCUGCUGUAGAAGAAUUAUUUAUGUAUCGCAUAGUAUUCUUAAUCCUUGGUGCUGUAUUACUGGCUUCGGCUUCUACACUGAGCCAAUCUUUAGCGUUUUACUACAGUAGUGCCAUGGCUGUUGGUAUUAUCCUUGUCGUGCUGCUUGUUCUCUUUCAGGGAAUGAAGCUUCUACCAACUGGACGGAGUUCAUUUGCAUUGUUCAUUUACUCAUCCCUGCUUGGUUUGGGUGGUUUUCUUCUUCGCUACAUACCUGGAUUGUUUCAAAGUCUGCUAACAGAGAUGGGAAUCGACGAAGAAAUGUACACACCUGUAGCGAUUUUUGUGGGGGCGUUUCUAUCUUUGGGUGGAGCAUUUUUCGGAUUUUGGACCGUGAGGAAACUUAUGCUGACUGAAGAUGGCUCCAUUGACGUUAGCACAUCACUAUUUGUUUCUUGGUCCAUCCGAAUUAUGGCUGCCGUUUUGAUCCUUCAGAGCUCUGUUGAUCCGCUGCUUGCUGGAGGAGCCCUGAUAUCUGUAAUUCUUAUGUCAUCGACUUUGAAGAAGAUAACCAGACUGAAGUUCCUUCUACUUUUAUACGAGAUUCCAUUGAAUUUACUGCUAGGAAUCUGGGAGGCAAUUCGUGAUGCUGAUAUACCAUCCGUCCCGGGAUAUCUCCAUGACUUUAUGCGAAAGAGUCCUGAUGCCUCUGAAUUUCGCAACCGUGUUACUUUUGCUUCUCCAUCAGGAGGAAUCAACAACGGGAUGCGAGAAUCUUCACCAUCUGAAUCAGAUACCUUUCCAUCCUCUUUCCAUAAAACUCCUGAAAGGAGCCAACUAACAAAAGAAGAAUGGAAAAAGCUCACUAAGGAUAGCACAACCAAGGCCGUUCAAGAAUUGGUUUCGUCACCCGAUUUUGGAAAAUGGGCAGCAGUAAAUGCCGAUAGGAUCAGUGUAACACCAAGAAAAGGGUCUUCUAGCACAAACCGACCACGGAAAUGGCUGCGUUGGUUCUGAACCAAGCCAGUUUUAAGUUUCAUACCGUUUAGAGAGAAAAUGAACUCUUUUGUAGAAAGAGAGAGAGCUCGUGUAGGUAAAGUUGCUUUCUUCUUUUAUGACUUGGUUAGUGUUUUAGCUUUCUUUUUUGUUGAUGAGACCACGAUUUGUUGUGACGAUCCUAAUUGGUUUUUAGGUUGUGUCAUGUUUGUGUGUAGACAAAAAUGCAAUGAGCCUUCUUUUUUUAUGGUCUUUAAUGGGUUCUACUUUUCAUGGUGAUGUGAAUGGAUAUUAAUAUUUCGAAUA